AUUUCGCGCUUAAGAAUUCCAACGAAGCUCUCGGAAAACCUAUAAGAGAAACAUAGAUGCAAUAACGAUUUCGAUACAAAACUCUCGACACGAGUGGAGAACAUUAUUUUUAGCCGAUUGUUUAUUUCCGUUUUCCAGUAUAUAGAUGCCCGUUCCAUUGUGGUCGCGAGAUGUAUUAUAAGCAGCCGACUAAAAUAAACAUCAGCGGCAGAUGAAUAAAAGACCGUAGGAUAUCGACCUACAUUUUUUCCCCCUAAAAAGAGUCGUUAGCAGUGAUUAUACAUAGUUUUAAUCGGUGAUAUCUGCUACACAGGUGUAAAGCGCGCGCGUAAACACGGAUGUAGCCGCUACUGGACGGCGAUGAUCGCAGAAGCUCUCGUUUGUAAAUAAACAGAGUUAGGUAUAUAGGCAGCGGUAUCCAAAAGCACGAGAAGAAGAAUUUGACCGCCGGAGCAAGCUCCGUUUCCGCGUCGCGGGCUAUUUUCGUCGUAGCGCGCGGCGGCAACAGUUCUCUCUCUCUCUCUCUCUCUCUCACUCGGAAGCAGCUUUUCAAGCUCCCGCACUUGUGCACACGCGGCCAUCGUCGUUAGUGGCUACCAGGCGCUCGUCGCGAAAUUCGAAUCCUCGUACCGCUCGUUACAAAGCUCUUACGAGCGAAGCAUAAGUAUUAAGUAGCCGUAAAAAAAAAAAAAAAUAAAAAAUUUCGCGAGGUGUACAACAAAAUCGUGUUCCGGUCUCGCGGCAAAAUCCGAAAAGUCCCGUCGCCGUUCGGAAAUAUGUCGGCUGCUCUUCCUCUCGCGGCAGUCGGCCCCGCCGAAAAUAGCAGCGCGAGUGCAGCAGCAGCAGCAGCGGGCGGAAAUCGGCACGAGACGUAGUUCGGACACGGGAGUUGUUGAGCGCGUGUAAGAAUACAACGAUGGCCGCGUGAUUUGGGCGCCGUUGAUGGCCGAGAAGAGGAGCCCCAGUGCGGGCAAAGUGCACCAUCGGUUGCAGGACGGGGCAACGGCGGCGGCAGUGCGCAAGAGGCGGCGUCGUUACGAGCCUGUCAGUAGGCUGCCGAGCCCACCUCCGGAGCCCGUAGCUUCAACCUGCAUCAGCAGCUUUCAACAGCUGGACCGGCUGCAUUCGCUCGUCGAGCAGAUACUCGAGCUGCGCUCGAAGAAUGCCAGGCUUUUCAGUAGAGUUCGGGAGCUCGAGCGGAUCAAAGCUCAGCGGCGGCUCGAGAGGACUGGACUGGCCCUGCCCGCUGACGAGGGGGAGCUUGCGUUCGCUGAAUCGCUGCUUGGCUCGCUGCUCGAGUCCACUCCCUGCGGCGCUGCUGCUCCCAGUAAUAAUAGUAGUAAUGUUAGUAAUAAUAAGAGGGGCUGCCGUCAGCGCAGCAGGUCGAUCGGCACGGAGGCGCGGCCUCUUCUGCGAGCAGCAGCGUCGAGCAACAAGCGCUCCAGCUGUCACUUGCAGUACGAGUCGCGUCAAGCGGCCAAGCGGCACUCGAUAGCCCAGGCGCCCUGCUCGCCCAAGGUCAGCAAGUGGACCAAGGUCAAAGCAGCCUUCCGAUGGGAGCGAGCCGCCGCGGCCUUCCUCGAGCAGGACAGGUUCCUCAGGCCUCCUCCCGCCGUCAGCACGGAGAGCUCCGGCAGCGGCGGCCCACCUUCGCCCGGCUGCACCGUCAACCUGUCCUACUCCACCGCCUCGGCCUCGUCCUCGCCGUCGUCCUCGACCGACGAGCUCUACCCGAAGCUCCCGAGAUCGAGCUUGAGGCCCAGUAACACGGAAGCCGCCGUCGCUCCGCGAGCAAACGAAACGAGAGCAACAGCUGCCAAAACUCCCUGGGCCAUGGUCAAGGAUAUGAUCCAGUCGCGCCGAGAGAGGAUCAACCGGGGCAGCAUCCGCAGCGAGGACGGCUACUCGCUGUCGAGCAGUCUCGACUCGUCGGCGGACACGCUGCUCCAGGACGCGGAGAGGAUCGCCCAGCAGCAGCAUCUGCGACUGACCCCUACCCUGAGGAUCACGGUGCCGUCGAGCGAGGAGCUGCGCAGCCUCCUCUCGUCGCCAGAGUCCGCGGCUUCGACGAGCAACGACAACAACAACUCGCCGUCGACGGACGACGCGACGCAUCAGCCGAGGCAGCUUCACAGGCAGGACUCCAAGUGGAACAAGGUCAAGCGGGCCUUCCUCUCGGGCCCGGCUACCGCCACCGUCUCCGUCCCGGCCAGUCCCAGCAGCAGGAUGUCUACCGCUUUCUUCGACGAUGGCGAAACUGGCCGAAGCUUCUACAGCGCGAGCGUCGAGGACUUGGAGAAGAGCGUCGAUGCCGCAUCGACGGGGAACAGUCCAAACUACCACCAGAUCCUCAACGACAAGCUCAGCGAGUGGGAGAAGGGAAGCAGCAAAAAUGGCUCAGCGCGAACCGCCACGAGCUCGCCCAAGGACAAGGACUCGGCCAACGCUCUACUCAUGGGCGAGGAACAGCUCACCCCCGAGUUCAAGAAGAAGCUGCAGGAGUGGAAGCGCAUGAAGAAGACGUCGCCCGGGACAACUUCACCCGAACAGCAGCAGCUCUUCCGGAGACGCCUCACCGACUGGCAGAUCUGGCGCACCGCCACGAAAACCGAUGGGAAGACUGCUCCGACGGCGGAUUCGCAGGAUUCAGGAAAACCGCACCUGUCCGAGGAGUUCUUGAGGAAGAUGGACGAGUGGAAGAAGAUCAAGUCGGCAACGACGGCGGCGCGUUCGGACGAGGACCAAAGCGAGAGGCGAUCCUCCAGCUGCACCACGGAGUCCCUUUCCCCGAAUAUUCCACGAAGAGGCUGCGUCGUCGACGACAAAGAGUUCACGCCGCUGGAUAACAUCAUUUCUAUGGUCGAGCGAGAGCAGAAGCUCAUCGAGAAGCAGCGGGAGAAACUGCUCGACAAGAAGUCAGGGUACAGGCUCAACGAAAUCAAUCGCAUUUGCGACUUAACGGCCGACAAACGGGAAGUGCUCGUUCACACGUCGACGGGCUUCUACAGAUUCCAAGGCAUUUCGCAAGAAUUCACGCGGAAAUUGUACGAGUGGGAAAAGAGUCAAGGUAUCGCUCCUGAAUACUCCACCUUUCAGUUGCUCAAUCCAACGUUCAAAAUCACCCCGGCGGACAGGAGCGACGAGUCGAAUCGCGAAAAGGGUCCGCAAACUCUGAAACGUUCCAAGUCCAUGAGCAGCGUCGUGGAGACCAGCCUACGAGAUAACACCCCGAUUCGACAGCCAUCGAGUCUAUCCUUGAACGACGCAACGAAUUUAGAAAACGAUGCUAAACUGCGCAUAGACUCGAAGCAAACGAUCGGCGAGGAGGAAAUGUCCGAAGAGUUAUUGGCUGCUUUGGACGAUUCCGAGCCGGAAGCCGUGAUCGUUGACAUCGAGGAUGUUAUAGAAGAGACCGCGAGCCCUAUGGCCAAGUUCCAACCACAACAGACUCCGGUUUAUUGCGUCACCGCCAGCGAAACGACCAGCAUUGCCAUACCGCUUGGCACAGUGACUGCCAGUCGCGAGCCAUCGCCUGUUAUUCUUAUACAGGCCGGAGAAGCGCAUCACAGAAUCAGAAAGCACAGGAUUUCGCAGAUCCGGGACGUCCAAACGGAAAGUAUCGAGAACAGCUUGCAGGAACAUGUCAGCGUUACUCCGGUACCAUCGCAAAUACGCAUCACUCAGGUCGAUGAAGCGACGAACGACGAAAACAGAAAACGAUUGUUCGAGCCGAGUGAUAUCAAUAUUUGCGAAACGAUCAUCGAGGAGGAAGCGCCAGCCUCGCAUAUAGAAGAGGAGUCUAGUCACAGUGUGGAUAUGGAACCAUCGGCCGGCACGAGUUUUGGCGAAAGGACAGCGCCGAAAGUGCAGGAAGAAUCAUCCGCGACGCCCGGCUGCGGAGCUGCGUCAAAAAUCGAGUUCCCUCGUCCUAGCGACAUAACCGAAGAUAGCGUCGACGGAAACGAAGUAGUGAUAACUGUCGGCAGCGAGAUCCGCCGGCAGAGAAAGGUAUUGAAAACUCGAAGACUGACGGAUACCCAAGUAGGCUACAAAUGGCAAGAAUCGACCGGGAUGGUAGAAGAAAGCUCGUCCAAGAAAGUAGAAGCCAACUCGGAUGCUCUAACCGUCUCGCCCUUCCCGGAAACGCCAAGCGUAGAGAGAAUCAUCAUCAACGAGAGUACGCUCAACAAAAUCGUCGUGCCCACGGCAUCAAACGAGCGGAUCUCGCAAAUCGCUAACUCUGACGAGUCCAGCAAAUCGCCGAGCAAUAAGACUGGAAAAUCGUCGGACUCGCGAAGCGUCUUCGUCAAAACGAAGCGCAUAAUCUUCUCGCCGUUCAGUCGUCGCAGCAAGGACGUCGAGCAACUAACAGCCUCCUCGGAAAGUUCAGCAGCCGCAGCACCAGCAGAGAUCCAGCAAAGUCGCUCGAGCGUCGACUGCAGACCUCCACUUCCACAGUCGCCAAUUCUCUGCCGCAAGGAGUACCGACGUUCGUCGCCGAAGGAAACGGCUCCAAGCAUUCGCAUGAUGAUCCAGCGCUACAAUCAGAAGCUGCAAGAGGACGCGGGCAGCCCCGCGAGCAGCGGGAGUGGCUCACCCAUCUGGCGCUCGCCCAGCAGCGAACGUCGCGUCCGGACGCAGAUGGAGCGCUACCAGGAGGAGGUGCGUCGGGCAAUCUCGCCGCUCUCGGCUGCCGGAGUUUACAGGACAACGCCGCUGGAGAAGAGCGCGAGCGCUGGGCUGGUUCACCCUCAGACAACAGGGAGGAAGAGCAGCUUGCAAAACAAGAACCCCGAGAUAUUCAGCAACAUCAAGCAGUCCUUGGUGCAGGAGUUCAAGACGCUACCGAUCAUGAGCAAGAGCGAAACCGCAGCGUCGGAAGCUGCAUCUCCGGACGCAACGCCACUGCGUCUGAGAGCGCAGCGCAUCAAGAAGGCCAAGGACGAGUUCCUGUCGCGCGGCCCGAGUUGCUAUUCGCACGACCCUUCGAUGCAAGAGCGUGGCUCGAACCUAGACCUCUCCGACAAGUCUGCCAGCGCGGGCAUGAUCAACGUCGACCCGAGCACCUUCGAGAGGCUCCGCCAGAGCAAGACGGCGGCCACCGCAGCCGAGUUCACGGGCACGCUCAGCAAGAUCGCCAGCAAAUUCCGCAGAGCCAAGCUGAAGAAACUGAAGGACAAGGACAAAGAUAAAGACAAAGAAACUUCGAAGAUGGGCACGGUCUCGAUGCUGUGCCGGCAGAGUCUACUCGUAGACAUCCUGCAGCCAGCGGACGAGAUGUCCAAGAGUUGCCCGACCUCCCCUUCGCCCAGCCAGAGGGACGCCGCCGACGAGCAUUCGCGAUUCAAGCAGCAUCGCGAUAGCAACUAAGUCAUCAUCAGCAAUCUUCUCAUAGUUUAAAAAGCAGCACACUCGAUCGCGAUCUUAUAAACUUUUUUCAGUCGCGUGCUGUGUUACAUUAGAGAAUGAUCAAGCAAUAUUAUUAUCACUCCACUUUUUUACGAGUCGCGCCUCUCUUUCCGCUUCUUUUGUAUAAACAUUCAAUUUCCUUAUAUUU